UCAUCAGCAAUCCAUCCACCACACACCUGACAUCUGCAGCCGAGGGCCAGAAGACAUGGGACUUCCAGGGAUUCCAGAAGAUGUUGCAUUAAUCCUACGCUGGAUAUGGCUUCACAGAAACUAUCUGAUCAUCUUCAUCACCCCUUUACUAUUAUUGCCCCUGCCGAUUAUCAUCCCAACUCCGGAGGCGAGAUGUGGUUAUGUCAUCAUCCUGAUGGCACUGUUCUGGUGCACAGAGUGUAUUCCUCUCGCCAUCACUGCCCUGCUGCCCGUCGUCCUCUUCCCCAUGAUGGGCAUCAUGGAGUCUGAAAAGGUGUGUGUUCAGUACCUAAAGGACACCAACAUGCUGUUUAUAGGGGGUCUGCUGGUGGCUAUAGCUGUUGAACAAUGGAAUCUCCAUAAGCGCAUCGCUCUGAGUGUCCUCCUGGUAGUUGGAGUUCGGCCUGCUUUGCUGAUGCUGGGAUUCAUGCUCGUAACAUCCUUCCUCUCCAUGUGGAUCAGCAACACGGCCACCACAGCCAUGAUGUUGCCCAUUUCUCAAGCUGUUCUCGAACAGCUCAGCGCCACAGAAGCAGACUCUGAUGAGAAAGAGCUGAGGGAAGGCCAAGAUAAUCAAGCGUUUGAGUUGACCGAGGUCAACACCAAACAUCCUUUGGACAAUUUCUCUGGAGACAAACCCAACGUCAAUCCAGAUCUGGAGGAAAGAAUCAAUUCACUCUCUGAAUGCAGGAGGAAAGAACGUGAAGCGAAGUACAUUCGUCUCUUUAAAGGAAUGAGUCUAUGUGUGUGUUACUCCGCCAGCAUCGGAGGAACUGCCACCCUGACUGGCACCACACCAAAUCUUAUUCUCAAGGGCCAGAUGGAUGCGAUUUUUCCAGAAAACCAUGGCGUGAUCAACUUUGCCAGCUGGUUCGGUUUUGCCUUUCCUAACAUGGUGCUGAUGCUUGUGCUGUCUUGGCUCUGGCUGCAGUUCAUGUACUUGGGUCUUAAUUUUAAAAAAUCUUUUGGCUGUGGUUCGAAGAAUGAGGGAGACAAAGACGCUUACAGAGUGAUGAAGAAUGAAUAUAAGAAGUUGGGUUCGAUGUCUUUUGCUGAGGGCGGAGUGCUUGUCAUCUUUGUGAUCCUGGUGAUCCUGUGGUUCACACGAGAACCAGGCUUCAUGCCAGGCUGGGCUAGCGAGCUCUUCAACAAAAACGGACAAUACGUCACCGAUGGCACUGUGGCCAUUUUCAUGUCAACCAUGUUCUUCCUCGUUCCAUCUCGGAUAGACUUUCUCUAUUCGAUCAAUUCGUGUGAUGAACAUGAUGAAGAAGCUGAAGGAGAUGAGCAGGAAGGAGGAGAAAAACAGGAAAAGAAGAAGAAACUGAAGGGUACGCCCACUCUACUAAACUGGAAGGUGGUUCAUGAACGCAUGCCCUGGAACAUAGUCUUGCUCCUGGGGGGAGGAUUUGCCUUGGCAAGUGGAAGUGAGGCGUCUGGACUAUCGGUGUGGUUGGGUGACAGCCUGGCCCCUCUCCAGAGCAUCCCACCCUUCGCCAUCUCCCUGAUCCUGUGUUUGCUGGUGGGAACGUUCACGGAGUGUUCCAGCAACACGGCCACCACCACACUAUUCCUGCCCAUUCUUGCCUCUAUGGCCACAACUAUCGGGAUCCAUCCGCUCUAUGUGAUGCUGCCCUGCACGAUCAGCGCUUCGUUGGCAUUCAUGCUUCCUGUAGCCACUCCACCCAACGCCAUCGCUUUCUCUUACGGCAACCUCAAAGUCUUAGACAUGGCAAAGGCGGGCUUCAUUCUCAACAUCAUUGGCAUUCUGUGCAUCAACCUCGGCAUCAACACAUGGGGAACGGCCAUGUUCAAGCUAGGAACCUUUCCCACAUGGGCCAAUGGCACAAAUACCACACAUACACCAUGAACGUCUUUACACGUUUGGUUUAGUGAGAAUACUGAAGGGAAAGAAAGGGGAGAAAGGAAGCUAAUCCAAAAAAUGGCAUCAUCAAAUGCACAAAAGUGUCAGUAUGCAGUAUUAGAGUGUGUAGCGUCCGUCCCCUCAUCAGCGCCCUAUGGAGCACAAGCUUAGUUUUUCUCAAAACCUCUUGAAAGGAUCUUUUCAAGCACUACAUGAAGUGGCCAGGAAGGAUUUACAGCCUCCAUUUAGAGUUCAGAAUUAUGCAUCACUUAUUUACAUAUUUAAAGUCACUCAAGUUUGAGGACUUUGUAAAUGUGAGUCGACUCCAUGUAGCGCAUUUUGCCCCAAUGUGGCUCAAAUCUGAUCCAAGUUCAGGUUUAUGCAGAACCUUUUUUUCUACAUACUUUGUGGCUUUGGUUUUCCGUUCUUCCAUUUGUGCUGGUUCACGAAAUUUAAUUUAAUUUAUAGGGUCUGGAUAAGACCUUUUAUACUUUAGAUCCCUUUUUGGAUCCUUGUCUAUUUAAUACAUUUUAAUUACACAUUUGAAUCAUAAAUCUUCAUUUGUGAGGUAGCGCAGUUAAAGAAAUGCCCCUUAAUUAGAUGUAACUGUGAAUGCUUAAAUGUAAACUCUACAGCAUUUUUUUUAGAAUGUGCUUUUUGUCAAAUAAAACUAAUUUUGUGCAAA